CGCUUUCUUCCUCUCCCCACUACCUCAUAUACUUGUAACACCACAUUGAAAAAGUCGUACUUCACCACGUAUCUUUGGACUCGACGUCCUCCACCUUGCACCAAUAAAAACCUAUUAAUAACUGCCCCCAAAAUUCCAGAACAUAAAAAAAGAAAGAAGGAAGAAGAUUUUGAAGAAGUAGAGAUGGAUGGUUUGCAGAGGUCUACAACGUCGUUUAGGAGACAAGGGUCGUCGGGUCUGGUAUGGGACGACAAGGUUUUAUCGGGGGAUUUGAACCAAAUGAGGGCUAACAACCGAGAAAAUAAAGAAAGCCGAGCUUCAUCGGAUGGUAUGAUGAGACGAAGCCGAUCAGACGGAGGUAGCGAUGGACGUAUGUACCGCACGACAAAAGCAGCUUCGCCUAGCAUUGAACCUCCUUCUCCCAAGGUCUCCGGUUGUGGUUUUUGUGGGGUUUUUGGGAAACCGGAUGCCGUGAAAAAACGAAGAUCAAACAAACGUAAGUCAUGAUCAUAUGUAUAUAGUUUAACUUUUGUAUAUGUUUUU